UGUUAUAUUAAAAGGUAGUUGUGAUACAGGUAGGUAGGACUUAGAGAGGGGGGUGGAAAAAGAUUUAGAUAAGGGUGGAAUUUCAGCCCCGCGGUUUCUCACUAGUUAUUGAAACAGCUGUACAGUAUCCAUGUGCGGGGUACCGCCAAGCUAUUCACCCUAACGAACAACUCUUCAGUUCUGAAGCCACAAUUUUGACAGCCCACACGAUGAUACAGAAAUCCUGAUUGUAUUCCCGUGUGAAUCAAGAGGCCAAGACGGGUGCCGACUUCCAGCCAAGAAAUAUCCCGUCAAAGAGUCUGUUUACGAACUUUGGGGGGUCGGGGAGGAGGUUGAUGAUCGUCGGUUUGGCGCGGAUGCAAUGCAACCUGUAAAUUGAAGGGAUUGGCGACCUGAUUGCCUGACUGGAGAUAAGAUAGGGCUGCCCUUCGAGUAGGAUUCUCUAAUCAACAUGCUCUGAAAUAUCGUCAAUAUGCGUGCUGUACCGAUUUCUGCGAAUCCUCUUCAGCUUGACUUACGAAGUCAUAAACGAUGUCUAACGAUCUGUUUUUUCCUGACGAUUGGCACAUUUCAAUAUGGCCUUGAUUAUGCGCUUGUGGGAGGGUUUCUCUCAAUGCCAGGUUUUCUGAAGAUCUACGGGUACUAUUCUUCAGAACUUGGAAAAUGGAAUAUUGAUCCAACAGUUCAACAACUCAUCUCAUCAUUGAUGACGAUCGGAACAUUUAUUGGGUCGCUGCUAGUUGGUCCAGUGAGUUCCAAAUUCGGCCGACGACACGGACUAUGGGCAGCAUCAGCGCUCAAUGCUAUUUCGACAGCAAUGAUGCUGGGUACAACCAGCGUGGGAGCCUUAUAUGUUGCUCGUCUCAUUCUUGGUGUUUCCGUCGGAUGGUUCUUCACUUUCUCUCAGCUCUACGUCCACGAAGCAGCACCAGCUCAUCUCCGUGGGAUCGUUUUCGGAUUCUAUCAAGUCAUGCUCUCAAUCGGAUCCAUCACAGGGGCCAGUGUUGACUUUGGAACGCACACCAUAAUGAGCAAACGAGCGUACCAAAUCCCGUUGGCUAUUUUCUUCGUGGCUCCCACAAUUCAAAGUAUUAUGAUUAUUUUCUUCCCAGAAAGCCCUCGAUGGCUUAUGGUUCAGGGUCAAGAACAGAAAGCCGAAAAAGCGCUUCGAAGACUUCGCAAUAGCAACAUUGAUGAGCAUGAACUCCAGGCCGAGUUGAACGAAAUUCGAGGCUCAACACGAGAUCAACUUGAGAAAAACAAGAAGUGGUUGUUCGUGGAGAUGUGGCGUGGUACGAACCGACGUCGAACUCUUCUCUGUCUUUCUGUCGUCUGUUUCCAUGCAGCAAAUGGUUCGUCAUGGGUCAACAUUUACACCACUUACUUCCUCACCAUUGCCGGUGUAUCUAAUGCGUUCGCAAUGUCCGUCAUGAUCACUUGCAUCGGACUUCUAGGCUGUCUCUUCAGUUUAGGCUUCACCCGGUAUGUCGAUCGCCGAACGGUAAUAAUUAUUGGUUGUGGUGCAUGUGCGAUCUGCCAACUCUGCAUGGCGAUUGUCUGGAAUGUCACGCCAGGCUCUGUUGUUGCUGGUAAAGCCGUGGUUGCUUUCAUAUCUCUCUUCACGUUCUUCUAUGUGGCAUAUUCCCCGACUGCUUGGUUAGUGGGAGGAGAGCUCCCCAAUAACCAACUUCGCCCUUUCACAUAUGGUCUAGCUACUGCUUUGAAUUUUGUCGGCAACUGGCUUGGGACAUUCACUGCUCCAUAUUUCAUCAACCCUGCAAAGCUUGGUUGGUCCGCCAAGUACGGAUAUAUCUGGUUCGGUACGAACACUCUGCUCGUAUUCUUCACCAUUUUAUUCCUGCCAGAAACAAGAGAUAGGACGCUUGAAGAAAUCCACGAAAUGUUUGAGAACAAAGUGCCGACUCACAAGUUCAAGCAAUAUGUCUGUACUGGCGUGGAGGGAUACGCUGCCCAAGGAGUUGCUAAGGCCGAGGUUCUGACCGAGAGACGCUCUACCCAUGGAGAAAAAGAGACGGUAGAGCACGUUGAGGCACAUGUACCUGCAAAAGCAGCGUCCAAGCAGGAAGUGUAGUGAAGUUCUGAGUUUUUGAGGUGUUUGAGUUCUGGGGUUUUGAAUUUAGCGGGCCUAACCUGAUGUGAGACCAGCGCGAAGUGGCGGGACGGACCGCAGCAACGCUUCCCAUUGUCCGUUGAAGGCUAGAUAAAACUGAGACUCACCCACCCUAAAAUUAUCAAUUAGGUCGCUUUAGCUGGUAGUGACAGAGACCAGCUUCAAAUUACCAGACCACGAUUGCGAUAACUAGGUAGCGAGAAGCCUAGAUGCUGCUUUUGGACCAUAUGGCAUCAUACUGAUACGUCUAGUAAACUCCACGAAGCCAACAAGAAAAUGAACCAAAAAUAGCACCCAUACAUAGAUUUCUGAAGUUACUAUUCACAAGCCAUUAUUUCCUC